AUGGGGACGGAGGUCUUGAUCCCCUACGAUGUGCUCAGCAACCAGCGCCUGGGUUUCGACGCUUCACCGGCAGCGGCGGCGCUCUUCCCCCACAGGAAGCGGGCCACCGGCGGUGGCUCCAGCGCUAACCCUCGGCCGCGGCGGAAGCCGGAUCAGAGGAAGCGAAGGGAGCCAGCUGUCGCGGCGGCGCCGCUCCGGCGGGGAGGUUCCCUCGACUCGAAGGUCGGGGGGAAGGAAGAGAAGAAGCCAGGAAUCCUCUCGUCGGCGGGCGGCGGCGAUCUGAUGGUCUUCGGCACAGGGAGGCUGGGCCCGGAGCCCGCCGUCGUUCCGAGGCAGAUCCGCCUGGUGGGCACGGCGGAGCACCGGCGGCGCGGGGAAACCUACGCCGGGCCGGCGUUCUCGGCGUCGCCGUCGCCGAGGGCCCUCCCCCUGCCGACGUUCCCCUCCAAGAAGCCGGACGCCGCCACCAGGGAUCUGAGGCGGCUCCUCCGCCUGGAUCAGUAA